ACAACGAAAGCAAAUAAUGACUUCACAAGCAAAUUACAAGUUGCUUAUUGUACAAGCUCUAUGUUUAGUAGCAGUGGUGGCCAGAAAACAUCAUCUAGAAGUGCUGGAUGAUGUGCGCCCUUAUAUUGCGUUAAGCACAUUUGGCUUCUACACCGAUGGGCAUUUGGAUGUGCAACUGAGUAAACUGCAUAUAGAAAAUGAGGAUGAAAACGAUUUGUAUGGCUUAACACUGGACAAAACGACGAUAGAUCAAUUAAAUCCAUACCUGGACUCGCAUCAAAACAAAUGCAUACUAGAAGAACCAACGGGUAUACAACGCAGUGGUCCGAUAUUGUUCUUCUUAUUAGACUUAAAAAAUCUUAAUAUUAAAGUGCAAUGCUCACCCGAAUGGAAAAAUCAACACAUUUAUCGCAGUCGAGAGUUGUUUCCUAUGUAUCGUGGGAAGCGCCACUCUAAGAUGAGCGACUCAACCAUCUAUUUACAGCGGCGCAAACGUAGUGAUGACGCUGUAGCUGCACAAGUUGAGAACAAUGACUUACCAGUGGACGAACAGGAAAUGUUGGACGAUGAUGAUUCGGUGGAAGCACCACAAAUAAUUGUAAAACCGUCAUCACCCAUACCUUUAGUUAAGGCACCAUCACCCACAAAAGCGACCGCAGCCCCAGGCCCAGCAAUAGCGUCUAAAAUGGCAACUUCAGAAAUCAAAAAACCUUCUCCAUCCCUUGAGCCUGCCGAAAACCCAUUCCCCCAUGACGUGGUAAAAGCGCCAAUUAGUUCCAAUGAAAAUGUACCGUAUCAGCUAUGCAGAAACUACACAAUGCCAUUGACGAAACAAGUAAUCAAUGGGAAAACCUACUAUAAUAUGUCGUUCUCUAUGCUGGUGGCCACAUUACAUGACGAGGGCCUCUACAAUCUGCAUUUCCACGCCUGUCCUAACUACAGAACAACAAAGCUGAUUUCUUUUGUGGUCGAUAUUGAAGAGAAGAAUAAUAAUAAUUUCCUAUCCGCCGGAGAAAUGCCACUGCCAGCUUUGUAUUCCAUGAUGAGUGUGCUGUUCUUCUUAUCCGGCCUCUUUUGGGUGUUCAUCUUGAAAAAGAGCAAGCACACCGCACACAAAUUGCAUUAUAUUAUGGCAGUGUUGGUAUUCCUAAAAUCACUUUCGCUCAUGUUCCAUUCAAUUAAUUAUCAUUUUAUCGAAAUUCGCGGGGAACAUGUGGAAGCCUGGGCGAUUUUGUACUACGUGACACAUUUGCUCAAAGGAUCUGUGUUGUUUAUCACUAUAGUGCUUAUGGGAACAGGCUGGACAUUUAUUAAGCCAAUUCUCUCGGACAAGGAUAAAAAAAUCUUCAUGAUUGUUAUUCCACUACAGGUACUCGCUAACGUGGCCGAAAUCAUCAUUGACGAAUCGGAGGAGAGCGAUAUUGAGUUCCGCACUUGGCGCAAUAUUUUUAUAUUCGUUGAUUUACUCUGUUGUGGUGCCAUACUUUUUCCUAUUGUCUGGUCAAUAAGACAUCUGCACGAGGCAUCAGCCACUGACGGCAAAGCAGCUAUCAAUUUACGCAAACUGAAGCUAUUCCGACAAUUCUACAUAAUGAUUGUGUGCUAUAUUUAUUUUACACGCAUAAUUGUAUAUCUACUAAAAAUGACAGUCGCUUUCCAGUAUGCCUGGCUCGACGAAAUGUUCCACGAAAUGGCGACAUAUGUUUUCUUCGUACUGACAGCCUACAAAUUUCGACCUACUUCAUCGCAUCCGUACUUUGCUGUGCGCAAUGAAGAUGAUGACGCCGUCGAAGUACUCACAGAAUCCGGUCUCACCGAGGGUUUACAUCGCACGAAAGCCCUUAAUCGUAAUGCCCCACCACCAGCUGGUUCUACUUUACUUAAUGGCACUGAUGAAGAACGCGAAAAUUUAAUAACAAAACGUGAAUCGAGUCAUGAAUAUGAUUAGAAAACACAAAAAAUAAAUAUCUUAGAAAAAAUAGCUCGAAAGGUGGGGUACGAUUGCGGGAGCAGUACGUUUUUGUUCAGUCGAUAUCUUUGAACUGGAAGAUGUACAUAUAAGUGUUGCCAGUGAAGUAUUGCCUUCGAUGCAGAUUUUAUUGCAAUUUAUUAUAAUUUUUUUUUUUUGUUCUGUAUUGAGGAAGGGCAACUUUUAUUGCUAUGGCAGUAUGUGAAAACACACUGCCUUUAUAUUGUAAUUCUUAUAUAAUUUUAGAUAUUUUUUUUCAACUGAUUUAUGGAGAAUGCAAUUAAGCAAUAAACUAGAUAUAUUUUCCAAAAUUUU